AUGGUAAACUCCUUUAUCUUUGUCAAUGCCAUGAAUAUUAUGGGAGUGGCAACAUAUGGCUAUUAUUUGGGUCUCUGGCAUAUGGCACGAGGAUAUGAAAUUGUUAAUCAGCACUUGAAGGAAAUAUUUCACCACCUAAGUUCGUUUGUGAUCUAUGCAAAUAGUUCGAAGUUGACCAUACGGAUUUGUGGUCUCUUUCAAGUGGAUCGCAUGCAAUGGUAUAGUUUAAUGUGCGCCAUAAUGUCCUAUGCCAUAGUUUUGGUGCAAUUUCAUUUAUAUUUGAAUCGAAAAAUCUAUUAA